UCCCUGCCAACUUGACACCAAUUUGGUUCAUCGAGUGAAAAGUGUUACUGUACAAAUAACAAGCUUAGGAGACCUGUCCCCCAAAAAACGAGUCAGUGUCCCGGAGACACACUGCACCUUCUCUGUAGUCGUUAGGCUACAACCUGCUAAGAUGACAGAGAUGAGGCACCGUGGAGGCAAAGACACCGACUCACCGUUACAACAGCAACCGUCAGAGGACAAGGGUUCGGACAGUGAGCUGAAGGUGGAAAAAGAUGCGUCGUCGGAUAGCGAGGCCAAGGUGGACUCAGGAGUCCCAGAGGUGCCGGUCCCUGCUGAUGACACCCCCGAGGUUCUGAACAAGGCCCUGUCUGGACUCUCCUCAAGAUGGAGGAACUGGUGGGUCCGAGGCAUCCUCACACUCGCCAUGAUCUCCUUCUUCUUCCUCAUCAUCUACCUGGGCCCCAUGGUGCUUAUGAUGAUCGUCCUCAUUGUUCAGAUUAAGUGCUUCCAGGAGAUCAUCACCAUCGGCUACAGUGUGUACCACUCCUACCACCUGCCCUGGUUCAGGACGCUGAGCUGGUACUUCCUGCUGUGUGUGAACUACUUCUUCUACGGAGAGACCGUGACCGACUCCUUCUUCACACUGGUGCAGAGGGAGGAGCCGCUUCGCAUCCUCAGCAAAUACCACCGAUUCAUCUCCUUUGCCCUCUACCUCAUGGGUUUCUGCAUGUUUGUGCUGAGUUUGGUGAAGAAGCACUACCGCCUUCAGUUCUACAUGUUCGGUUGGACCCAUGUGACUCUGCUGAUUGUGGUGACUCAGUCUCACCUUAUCAUUCACAACCUGUUUGAGGGGAUGAUCUGGUUCAUCGUGCCAAUUUCCUGCGUGAUCUGUAACGACAUCAUGGCCUACAUGUUUGGUUUCUUCUUCGGCCGCACCCCUCUCAUCAAGCUCUCGCCUAAGAAGACAUGGGAGGGAUUCAUCGGUGGAUUGUUCUCCACUAUUGUGUUUGGCAUUAUGUUCUCCUAUCUGAUGGCCGGCUACCGCUACUUUGUGUGCCCGGUGGAAUUCAACAACGACUCCAAUAGUUUCCAGGUGUACUGUGAGCCAUCCGAGCUUUUCCAGCUUCAGGUCUAUACUCUGCCCGCCAUCCUGGAGUCCUUCACUGGAUGGAGCACCGUGCGUCUCUACCCGUUCCAGAUCCACAGCAUUGCUCUCUCCUCCUUUGCCUCCAUUGUGGGACCUUUCGGUGGAUUCUUUGCCAGCGGCUUCAAAAGAGCCUUUAAGAUCAAGGACUUUGCCAACACUAUCCCGGGUCAUGGUGGCAUUAUGGACCGAUUCGACUGCCAGUACCUCAUGGCCACAUUUGUUAAUGUCUACAUUGCUAGCUUCAUCAGGGGCCCAAACCCCAGCAAGGUGAUCCAGCAGCUCCUGGCCCUCCGUGUCGAUCAGCAGCUCUACAUCUUCAACUCCCUGAAGGCUCACCUGACGGAGAAGGGCCUGCUGGCAGCGCUGGAGGACGCCGUCGCCUAGAGCCACCCGACCCGAAACACCGGCUCGCCAUGAGAGGAGGACCACAGUGGAGGGCAGCACCCGAGGGGCCCCGUGUAGCUCCGGAGCUCUGAGAGACUGGCAGUGCUUUUGUGUGAGCGAAAAAAAACAAAGAAAACUACAAAAAAACACCCUACAGUCUUGGGUCAUUCCAUUUCAUUUGGGUAUGAGAGUCGAGUGUGUUUGUGUUCAUGCAGUCUGUGAAUCAUUCAGUGUUUUCAGGUUGAGUUAGUGAGUUACUGUACCGUUAAACAUUUCCAUUAUCACCAACUUGUAUCUAUUCACACUGUUGACCAAAAUGUUGGUCCGCUGUACACUUCUACCUGCAUACAAGAUAUCCUCUAUGUACCUAUCGAUGUGUGUUCACAUUUUAUUGUACUCUUGAUUGUGUUUUUAGUUUUAAUGCACUGCUCUCAACCCUGUCACUCACCCCCUCCCCACUUCAAGUUUUUAUUUUCUUUGUUGUGAUUGUUUCUAUUUAUACAUGGAUGGUUUUUAUAUUUGGUAUGUUUUCUUAUAUCUUAAUGUUGUGUGUUUUAGACUGUAUUCACCUUUGCCAUCUGCCACGUGCAUUCGUGUGUCUUUUCUCUGUGUUUUUGCUGCCAUUCAUCAUUUUUAAAGAAAAAGGCCUCUCCUGCUCAGCCAAACCAUUGAGUAGUAAUAGUGUGAUUUAUUGUCAAAGGACAGGAACAGUUAGUUGGUGCUGUGCUGUAAGGCGCAGUGAGCGCUGCUCCUUACUAAAUGCUUUAUUAUGAAGGCCAGUGCGACGGAUACCAGCACCCCUUUCAGCACGUCACAAUGUUCCCUCACCUGGUUGCCAUUUCAUAUUUCAUGUCAAAAGCAGAACGACUCUUAGAGAUGGAACAGAAUCAUUUUUUUCUUUUUUGUUUAAUUGACUCGUUCUGCGUUAAUACUCAUUUUAUCUCUAACGAGGAGCUGGUUUGGGUUUCAUGCUCUGUAAAUUGGUGGGAUUGUUGCAUUAUGGCUUCUGUUUGAGACGACGUUGGGAUUGGACCGUACAAAUAAGGCACAGUAAUGGGUCCUACGCUGCCGAGAUCUGCUUCUCUCUGUUGUCGCCAUGUUCACGGCUUCAGAGCAGAAAGCCAGAAUAUACAGUCUGUCUGUCACGUGGUUGAGUUAACCUGUAUGUGUGACAGCUGUUGUGAUGUCAUGCGUCUGAUGUUCAGGUUGUUUGUCAACAGCAGUCAGUGCUCAAGAGGUUCUACAGUAGGAUUCUGUGAUAUUUAUACCACUGGCAAAUGUUUGCUUCAUUUGUUUGGUGGUAAAAUAUUAAAGGUGUCGAGUUCAUUUCUGGAGAAUUCUAUGUUACCAGCUGUUAAAGGGACGCCCCCGAUCUUAACCGUGAGGAUGAGUUUACUCGUAUUGCGACCCUGCGAGACGUUCUACAACCGUUUUCACAAGAGUCUGAGAAAAUGGAAAAUAGCCGUGAUGAUGUCAUAGUGAUGUUGUUGGGGUAAUCUUGAAUUGCGUUUGGAGAAUUUUAACAUUCGGCCUGCGUUACGAAAAACAUGGACAUUUAACAGUCAGGGAUUGUGUUGCCUUAUGGGAUGUAGGAGAAUGUUAUGCACAUAGGGACUAGAAGUCAGGAUGUCUCUGCCUGUGGUGCAUCAGUCUGUUGGAUGCUUCACUAAGCAGAUUAAAUAGCAUUUUAAGACUUGGGAAAAAUGUGUAAGACUUUUUGCUGAUAUUGUUUCCUGAAAGGUUUUGUAAAUUUGGCUCAUUGACAUUUUUGAAAGACUACAAAAUGUUUAAAUUGUUAAAAGUUAAGAUGAUAAUUAAAUCUAAUUACAUGGCCAUUAUUAUUCACAUGUUUGUGGGUUGUUUUGUAGAAAUGGUGGCGCUAUAAAGGAGCAGCAAACACAGCGGUGUAUUCAGUGUAUGGGCACAACUCUGGUUAGACAAAAUUAGACUCUAAUUACCAUAAUCAUCAACCAAUCACCUCAAGCUGUCCAUCAUGUUUCUGCACAUUCAUCAAUUUGUUUUUUAUCCAUUCGGAGACAAUAAUUGAUUUAUCGUUGUCCUUGAAAGCCACAUAACUCUGGAGGUUUAAUGUAGUAUUAUAGGUGUUGAUGUCACCCCGACAGAACUACUUCUGUGCUCAAUGUUUGAGGACAAAACAGCAAUAUGAACAACCAUACAGUAAUCGGUGUAGCAGGGAUGCGAUCAGUAUCUAGGUGUCCCUAAAUGGUAAUCAUAUAAAACAGCUCUUAUCUGUCUCCAGUGAAUGACUGCUUCACUUAAUCAACACUUGGGGAAAAGUUUGCUCCCUUAAAUUUCCUCUCAUCAGAUUCUGUCUUCAAAAACGUCGAUGUAUUUUUAAGAAAAGGACGCAAAUGUUUUGUAACGCAAGAAAAUUGCUUAUUCUAUAUGCCAAAUCAAAAUUCAGAUGAAAAGAACCACUGUAUAAACCAAGCCUUCGUUUAUCUUGUCUCCUCCUAUUUGAAUGUCCCUCCAUUCAUAUUUUUAUUGACGUCAUGUUUUUGGUUUGACCUGCGUGAUAACCAACCUGUCUUACGCUUAAACUUCUUAAAGUAUUUAUUUUAUUUACUGUAAGAAAACCUUUUUAGAGUCACUAUAUUGUAUAUUUAAGAAGAUGUUUAGAGAGAUGUUGAGUGUUCUUUAGUAUCUUUGGUUAGAGGAAUAUUUAAAGUAUUAUUAUUAUUGCCAUAUAGGAGAGAGUAUUGAGAUAGCAGAAAAGUAUUUUCUCUCCGUCUUGCUGUGACUUCAGUGCAGUUUGCGUGUUUUCUAGGCUCUUCCCCUCGUAGCUGUCAUGUGUCAACUUCUAUGUCGCGGUGCAAGUUGAAGCAACGCAGAUACUUGUAGCGCUGUGUUGCAUCGUCUCCCUUUUGAGUAGGCAGGAAGUCUCCAGAAAGUAACACCAGGACUGGUGUCUCAGCAUUCGUAGAUAUCUUAUAUUUCUUCUGGCAUCACCGCCUGCUGUGGUGGUUUGAUGUCUGAGUUUUUAAAUCCCUGCAGCUCUGUACUGCCAUUCCUCUGUCUGGUGUUACAGUCGGCCACUAGAGAGAGCUGGAGCUCCUGGUGUCGGCCGAUCGAGUGCAACACUGAUGCUGCAUCUGAGCAGAAAGCUUUGACCCUUUGCUGUUUGAUACAUUCCAGUUCCCCUCAGAUUUGCUCACAUGGAGGCAGAAUAUAAGAGACAAACUUACCACUAUUAGAAAAAAUUAAAUAAAGAUUGUUUUUGUUUUGUGGCACCCAGGGAACACCAUGCCAUUUAAUCAACACAGUGCCACUUUGCUGUUGUGAAUCCUGCCCAGCCAGGACCCUCUCAAAGGAAUGUAUGGGAGUUGUGACUGUCCAACAUGCUGUAGGCUCCCCUUUGUGGACGUUUUAUUUUGUGGUUAUAGAUUCUCUUAUAAAGCUGUAUGAUUUCAGUAUAUUGUUCUUAAACUGUGUAAUGGUUUGUGUUGAGUUGUACACUUGUCUAGAGAAAAAUUGUACUCUUUGAUGCUGAAAUGUGCUUUGCCUUUGUUCAAAGAAAAUUAAAGGUGUUAAAAAAAG